UCAGGCCUGGCCAUUUGAGGAGAGCCAUAGCUCUUGUUCCUCUCCAGGCUCUCCUCAAACGCUGGAGGGGAGCUACAGAUUGCUCUCCUAAAUUGUUCUAAAAAGCAAAUUUGCUCUCCUUGAAAUCAAUUUUUCCUUUGUUUCUAUUCUUAUAGCUCACCUGAAUACUACUAGGAGAGCUGUUUACUGCUCCCCUUUUAAAAGUCUUAUGGCCAGGCCUGUAACUGUUUUAUUUUUACUUUGUUUAUUAGAUUUUGAAUUGCUGAAUCUAGAAAAAAUCAUUUAGUCAUUUGUGUCAACAUAUAUGGUCAAAUAGAAAUCCUGACUAGAAAGAAAACAAAUCAAUAUAUUUGAACAUUGCAUGGAAAAUUGGAACCAUAGCAUACUAAAAGUUAUUUUUGUCCAACGCUCCUCAGAGUAUAAAUGCUGGAUAAUGACAAAUAAGUAAGCAGAAAAUUUAUAUCUAGAUGUUGUUCAAAAGUAAGGUUAGAGGAAGGAUGAUCAGGCCUUUCCCGGAGACACAGGCUAUAGCCAUCGCCCGUGCAAAACCCAGACAAAAUAAGUUUGCGAGGGCUUUUUUCCCCCGCGCAGUUUUUCAAACCAACGUUCUCAUUUAAUCCGCAUAGCUUAGCUUUUAUUGUUUGUACUACUUACCACUAAAUAUCAGGGUGUUAGUAAAUAAAGAGAAAGAAGUAGAUGUGUUUAUCACAUGUUUACAAACUAUUCUAUUAUCUGCUAAAACUUGCAAUGGAAUAGGAAAUGUGUUCGCACGAAAGAAAUAACAUAUAGCGUGAUUAAAGCUGCGAAUAAUUAGAGUGAGAAAUGUUACACCAUGAUGUCAAAUACGAAACAAUUUCUUUUCUCAAGUCAUGACAUAUAAACUAGGCAUUCCCAAAAAGGCCACAUUUGACCAGCAAAAACUAACAAAACUUUGCUACUAUUGUGUCUCUAAUAGACAGCACCCCCCAUGUACUAAUUUCAGAAGAAUUUUCCCUCCCACCGUCGCUUAUUAGCACCUCCCUUUUAUUAAAUUUUACAAAUCUGUCAUGACCAGAACAUGCAAUUUUCACUUGUCAAUAAUUCCCCUUGUUAUGUUAUGUAGUAAUUUUUUCAAUUGUCAUAAUUCCCCUUGUUAUGUUUGUCUGUCUUUAUCUCUAACCAUCUAUCCAUUAUCAAGUAACCAGUGUCACCAUCCUACUAAUUCCACUGCCUUUUAAUUAAAAGAUUUACCAACAUCCACUCCUCCUAUUAGCUCCCCUUUUCUAUUGAAAUUUGCUGAUAUUUUAUUGAAAUAUGGCCAACUUGAACACCCCCUUCUAUUAGCAACCCCCUUCAUUGAAAACUGGCCAACAUGAACACCCCCUUCUAUUAGCAACCCCCUUCUAUUGAAAACUAGCCAACAUGAACACCCCUUUCUAUUAGCACCCCCUUCUAUAGAAAACUGGUUGACAUGAACACCCCCUUUCUAUUAGCACCCCCUUCUAUUGAAAAUUGGCUGGAAUGAACACCCCCCUUCCAGAGGCGGCGGACAGUGCUAUUUAUGCUAUUUCAUUAAUAGCAAUUUUUUUCCAAAGAAAUGUUCUGCUUUUGUAUUAGACAAAUUAAUGUAACAUAAAUUAUACGAGUAAAAUCUUUUCUGGAUCUUGAUUUCCUUAUCCAGUUCCUUCAUUCCAUGAUUUAUUUGACCCCUCUGUGCUUUUUGAUAUUGCGAUUGCCCGACUUAAUCUAUUCAAAGAAUGCCGCGUGUAUACCUUUCUGAUCCACGCUGUGGCCGUCGAUGGCCAUGCUAUUACUUGGCCCUUCUGAAUAGCAAACGGAGGAAACUAAUAGGAGUUGCGCCAUAGUGUGGCUAUGGUGUGACGCAACGGGCUAUUGUGAAAUACGCAUAUCUGACAGCCUUGCUAUUAAAUUCUUGGAAUGAAUAGCAAGAGCUCACACGCGAUCACGCAUACAAAUCGUCAGUUCGAUAAACGUUGGGAAGAGAGUAGAGACCUUUUCAGAUACAAAAUUAAUCAAGUAGCGCCAGGUGGUGUACGAUGGGGUGUUUCAACUGUCUUUUCCCUCAUAUCUAUGCAAGGAGGUAAAUUAACUCAUGAACAGCGCCUUCGUCUUAAAAAAGACGGACGCCCAUGCCCCGAUGUUAAAGUUAAAAGUCGUUCGUGUGAAGCUGUGUAUAGAGGUUUUUCUUGGAUAUGUGGUGAUUCAGAGAAGAAUACAUAUUUCUGCUGGCCAUGUUUAGUCAUGGGAGAUCAUUUGAAGAUGAAGGCUUGCUUCGUGCAACCAACUGGAUUUGCAUCUGAUGGCAGGAAUUUGUCGAAUGUUGCUAACAGGCACCAAGAAUCAAAAAGUCACAUGACAUGUCACGCUUCGUACAAGCUUUUAGGGAAUGUGGAUGUGGCCAGUGCACUUGAUGAAGCAAGACAGAGAGAAAUUCUGAGACAUAAUGAAAAUGCAUCAAGAUAUUCAAAGAUGAUGAAGCACCAUAUUGAUGUUGCAGUCUACUUGUCUGCCCAAGGACUCGCUUUCCGGGGGCAUUCUGAAGACAAAUUCUCUCCAAACAGGGGAAAUUUCAUUGAAUUGAUGGACUUGUUAGGGAACUACAGUCAAGAGUUGCGAGUUGUCCUAGACAAGGAACGGAUAAGUUACACCUCCCACGACCCACAAAACGAAUUGAUCAAAUGCAUUUUCCAAGAAGUCCAGAAUGAAAUUCGAAAUCGAGUAAGUGCUUCCAGAUGUUUAUCCGUAAUGAUGGAUGACACCAGUGACUUGAGCAACACGGAGCAGUCGGCUGUUUCAGUGAGACUUAUUCAUGAUGGGAAUGUCGAAGAACAUUUGCUUGGCCUCACAGAUGCAUCUGACGAUCAAUCUGCUGAUGGGCUUACAAAGAUCAUGAUAAAAAUAUUAGGGAGCUACAAUGUUACUCCUGAGACAGGAAAGAGAAAGCUGAUUGGACAAUCAUAUGAUGGUGCGGCGACAAUGAGUGGCGAGCUCAAUGGUGUGCAAAAGAGAAUGCGAGAUUACUUUCCACUUGCCUACUACAACCAUUGCGUUGCACACAGGAUGUCACUUUGUGCGUCGCAGUCAUCGAUGAAAAUCCCAGAAGUGGCUAAAUUCUUUGGAAUAUUAGACAAGCUGAUAACGUUUUUCCGAAGCAGUCCCAAGCGAACGCGAUACCUUGGAUAUAAUCUUCCAAAGCCUGGUGAUACAAGGUGGCUUUCUCGAGACACGGCCAUUACUGCAAUCGAUUCGUGCUACGAGACAAUCGGCACAGUCUUAUACCAGAUGUCUUCGAAUGGGAGAGAGAAAGUCGACACCCAAACGACAGCCAGAGGUCUUCUUGCCAACAUCCAAAAUGUUGACUUUCUAUGUUUACUGAAGUUGUACAGGAAGAUCUUUGAGCAUUGCACGCCAAUUAUCACCGUUAUGCAGAAGCCAACAUUGGAUGCUGUUCAGCUGAGAUCUAUGCUCGACGACUUCCAACGUUUUCUUGCUGCACUAAGCUUUGAAGACAUUUGGCAAAUUACACUCGAUGCGGACCCAAGUUUCCCCGUAGAACGAGCCAGAGCAGGAUGGAGAGGAAGGGAAACGCACAAUAAUGGAUCCGAAGAUGCUUGGAAAGAGAAGCUGUCGAUUGUGGCAUCAAAAGUAUGCAUCGAGUUUUCAGGGCAGAUUUCAUGGAGAUUCGAGAACCUCAAAAAAUUCAAGUGGAUGGAUCUGAUUCACCCCGCCAAGUUUGCAGAGAAUGUCAAAAGGCCUCCUAAUGAGAUAAAAGAGCUCAUCAGAGAAUUCGGAGAUUUGUACCCAUUUGCCGUUCAUGACAUAAAUUCAGUGGAACACAAUUUGGAAGUUUUAUACAAUAACCAUGAGAUCUCGCUGCUUCUUCGUAAAUGUGCGAACGAAAGGAACAGAGCCAUGAAGCAAAGGAGAGCAAGGCACAGAAGUAAUAAAGCAAGCCAUCGCGAGGAAAGUAGCUCUGGUGACCAGGUGAUGGAAGAGGUGAUAGACGUGGAAGAAAUUGACGAAUUUGAAAUUAGAGAAAGUACGGGUCUUGAGGGAGACAUUGCACACGGAGAAACAUUGAGUAUGCAAGACCUGCUCACUGUAAUACAUAGCACGGACCUUGCAGAUGCUCUUCCGCAGGCAAUGGUUCUCCUGGAAGUUGCAGCAGUGACCCCACUCACAAGCGUACACUGCGAAAGAGUGUUCAGCCGUAUGAAAAGAGUGAUUUCAGAAUCGAGAUCAAGAAUGCUGCAAGAAAGAAAGGAACACCUUGUUUUCUUACAAGUUGAGCAUGGUACAUUGCGAUCAUUGGCAAAACAACCAACAUUUUAUCAGAAUGUUGUUAGCAGGUUCAGAGAGAGCAAUCAGCGACGGCUCGAACGAUUUUCAAGAAAAUAACUGCAAUUUUUUUCAUAGAUGUGCUUGAAAAAAUGAUCAAUUUGCGAUACACGUUUGUUGUAAAAAUAAAAUAAAAACAACAAUAAUGUUUGAGCUUAGACGAAAUGUUUUCUUUUUUUCAAAAUAUUUCGUAUCUUAAUAGAAAUUUUUGUGGAUUUUUCAGAAACGAGCGUAGUUUUGGAAAAUAGACCAUCAUUUAGGAGCAGUGAUAACUUUAUAUCUGUAUCCCUCUUGUAAAGGAUGGGCGUUUCCGCCCUUUUAAAGGGCGUGGCCCCCGGACCCACGUUGUUCAUUCGCUUCGCUCGCGAUUAAUAGCAAUUUAUUAUUGCUCCCCGCCGCCCCUGCCCCCUUCUAUUACCUCCCCACUUCUAUUAGAUACACUAGAGUAUAUUCCAAAAAGUUAUGUUCCUCCUUUGACUCAUUUUAAGUUGCUUUUUUCCUGGAGAGGCCUGGAUGAUGCAUUUGAUUGGUUCCUUAUUGGAUCGUUAUAGUCUACCUCUCACCUAGUUGAAGAGUUCAAGAGAUAAAACAUACUUAUUCUCUCUACACAAGUUUGAAACCUUUCUUUAGAUGUGGAAGGGAUCCAAAACACCUUAAAAAAAGAAGACCUUGCUUGCCCAAUUAUUUUUAAAUUCUGGUUUAAAAUACGCUUUGGGAAAGAAUUUUUAUAUAAUUUUAAGUUAAAGCUGAAUAAAAUUUUUUUUGGCCAUUCUGUUUUUUACAAAUACACUUUGGCAGUUCCUGUUCUACCUUUUCUGCCUGGUGUGCAUGGGAAUACUAUGUAUAUGUUUUAUUUUAUUGACCAGUCACUUAUAGGCUUUUCCAUGCUCUUCAAACAAAGUUACUAAACUUAAGGUAAAAAUUUAUGUUAAAAAUAAACAGCAUGCUGAUUAUUUUGCUACCAAGUAUACAUCACAAGACUCUAUAAUAGAGCAAUUAUAGGUAAUGACAAAUUAUAAUGACCAAUCAACAUGUCAUCGAUUUGUAUUUGCAUAUCAAGCAGAGAACAUCAAGGUUACAUUCCCCAACAAACAGCAAAGAUUUAUUAAAAAUUAUGUAGAGUGAUUUUUUAAUUACACUUGAAUAAAUGAAAAAUAUUGUAUUUUUACUUAAUCUGCCUCUUUAAAUGCGGGUAAUAUUAGUCAACAAAUUUUGAUUUGCAUUUUUGAAACUGGCAUCUUGAAAUAUUUUU